AUGUCUUCCUCUCGCCGCCAAAUGACUUCCAGUGAUGUUGACCGCGUCCUCGGUCUCACUGUCAACAACCGCGCUCGCGAUCAAGUUGUGAGUCUUCUUGACUCCUUGUUCAAUGAGAACAACUUCUCAUCGCUCAGCAUCCCUUCGGAGCGAGUCCGUUUCCGCCAACUCCUCCGCGACACCAUGAGCGCCGAAGUCCACGGCCAGUCGUCACGAUUCCCCGAGAGCGUCUUGUCUGCCUUCAGACAUGAUGCUGACAAGUGCGUCGAUGCACUUUACGUCCGGGCCCGACUGAACCGAAAGGCACGACAAUGUCGGGAGACUCACCCUCCCCGCGGCACGAUCGAGACCACUGCAGAGUCAGUUGCCUCCACCUCCAGGACACCUGCUACUUUGGUUCCUGGAUCUUCCUCCCUCCAGCCCGCUGCUUCCCCUGCGGCUGCUCCUCUUCCCACGUCCGCCCAGCCUGUUCCUUCCUCCUUGACUGAGGCUUUCCCAAUGCCCACCCCAGCCGCUGCUCCCUCUGCCGCUGGGGUCGUCCCUUCGCCAGCCCGUCGCGACGUUCGCUCUGCUUACGACGAGGCUACCUGGCCCAUUCCAGGGGAUGGUCCGUUUCGGGUUGACCCGAACUGCUUCCUCCGCUUCCAAUAUACGGAUGCGAGCGGUAGGGCCUACCCCACCCUGGAGUGGAGUCUGGGCGGGAUGCUUGGCCCCCCCUAUGGCACCGAAGUGUGUCCAUACUGGGCGCCGCCAGAUGAUCUUUGCCUUAGCGACAUCUUCGCUAUGGUCGGUGCCAAGUGGGGUCUGACUGAUCAACAAGUCAGCAGACUCGAUGGCAUCGAGAUGAGGAUCAUCCUGGGCGAAAGGCAUUGGGACUAUGCGGGAUGGUUCCGGUUCUGCUGGGACUCAUUCCUUGCAUGGGCAACGGAACACCUGGGUGUACCGGGCUUACAGCCUUCCCGGGUGACGGAAACUCUGGAGACUCUUCUGGAAGACUGGUGGUGA